CGGCGCCCCCCGGUCCCGCCCGCCAUGCCCGGCCCGGCCGCGGGCAGCAGGGCCCGGGUCUACGCCGAGGUGAACAGCCUGAGGAGCCGCGAGUACUGGGACUAUGAGGCUCACGUUCCGAGCUGGGGUAAUCAAGAUGAUUACCAGCUGGUUCGAAAACUUGGUCGGGGAAAGUAUAGUGAAGUAUUUGAGGCCAUUAACAUCACCAACAAUGAGAGAGUGGUUGUAAAAAUUCUCAAGCCAGUGAAGAAAAAGAAGAUAAAACGAGAGGUUAAGAUUCUGGAGAACCUUCGUGGUGGAACAAAUAUCAUUAAGCUGAUCGACACUGUGAAGGACCCUGUGUCAAAGACCCCAGCUUUGGUAUUUGAAUAUAUCAAUAAUACAGAUUUUAAGCAACUUUACCAGAUCCUGACAGAUUUUGAUAUCCGGUUUUAUAUGUAUGAGCUACUUAAGGCUCUGGAUUACUGCCACAGCAAGGGAAUCAUGCACAGGGAUGUGAAACCUCACAAUGUCAUGAUAGAUCACCAGCAGAAGAAGCUGCGACUGAUAGACUGGGGUCUGGCAGAGUUCUACCAUCCUGCUCAGGAGUACAAUGUCCGUGUAGCCUCGAGGUACUUCAAGGGCCCAGAGCUCCUUGUGGACUAUCAGAUGUAUGAUUACAGCUUGGACAUGUGGAGUUUGGGCUGUAUGUUAGCAAGCAUGAUCUUUCGAAAGGAGCCCUUCUUUCAUGGACAGGACAAUUACGACCAGCUUGUUCGCAUUGCCAAGGUUCUGGGUACAGAUGAGCUGUAUGGGUAUCUGAAGAAGUAUCACAUAGACCUAGAUCCGCACUUCAACGAUAUCCUGGGACAACAUUCACGGAAACGCUGGGAAAACUUUAUCCAUAGUGAGAACAGACACCUCGUCAGCCCCGAGGCUCUAGAUCUUCUGGACAAACUUCUGCGAUACGACCAUCAACAGAGACUGACUGCCAAAGAGGCCAUGGAGCACCCGUACUUCUACCCCGUGGUGAAGGAGCAGUCCCAGCCCUCUGCAGACAAUGCUGUGCUUUCCAGUGGCCUCACGGCAGCCCGGUGAACACUUGGAAGGCGACGGGUCUGUUGCGGUUCCUCCCACUUUUCCAUAAGCAGAACAAGAACCAAAUCAAACGUCUUAACGUGUGUAGAGAGAUCACGUUCCGUGAGCAGACACAAAAUGGUGGCAGGUUUGGCCAGCACGAACCAGACCAACCGAAGGGCAGCCCACCACCGUAUAUCAAACCUCACUUCUGAAUGUAAAAGGUUCACACGCCUUUGGCUUCCUGUUGACUUCCUCCUGACCCAGAAAGCAUGGGAAAUGUGAAGGGUAUGCAAAAUGGUUGUUGGUUACUGUUGCCCCCGUGCCCCCACUGUGGAGUCUGUGGUUGGCUAGUUACCGUGGUCUGCUGGAAAAACAGGUGGCCACAGGCUGAGUCAAGGGGGUGCAGGGGGGCAACAUAUGGCAUGACGGGCAGUUACAUAUUAUAAUUUUAAAAGUAUAUAUUAUUGAAUAAAAGGUUU